GCUGCUGCUGCCGCCGCUGCUGAGCCGCGGAGCCGCCCAGGAGCUGAGCCCCCGCGGCAGGAACGUCUGCAGGGCCAGCGGCUCCUCGGUUCUUGUGUGCUGCCUGGGAUGGAGGCAACAAGGGAGCGAGUGUUUAAUAGCCAUAUGCGAGGGGAACUUCACCUGCAAGGAGAACGAGGUAUGCGUCAGGCCCGGCGAGUGCCGCUGCCGCCACGGCUACUUUGGUGCCACCUGCGACACCAAGUGUCCCCGGCAGUUCUGGGGUCCCGACUGCAAGGAAAUGUGCACGUGCCAUCCCAAUGGGCAGUGUGACGAUGUGACGGGCCAGUGCACCUGCAACCUCAACCGCUGGGGCCCCAAGUGUGAGAAUAUCUGCCUCUGCAAGCAUGGCAAGUGUGACCAGAAGACAGGCAAAUGCACCUGCGAGCCCAACUGGUGGGGACCACAGUGCUCCAGCUCCUGCUAUUGCAGCCACAACUCCCAGUGUGACCAGCAGACAGGCAACUGCCUGUGCCAGCCUGGCUGGUGGGGCCGUGGCUGCAACAACCAGUGCUCCUGCAAUAACUCACCCUGCGAGCAGUUCACGGGGCGCUGUCAGUGCCGGGAGAGGACCUUCGGGCCUCGCUGCGACCGCUACUGCCAGUGCUACAAGGGCAAGUGCAGCCAGGUGGAUGGGACCUGCACCUGCGAGCCGGGCUACCGGGGCAAGUACUGCCGCGAGCCCUGCCCAGCCGGCUUCUACGGCCAAGGCUGCAGGAGGCGGUGUGGGCAGUGCAAGAGCCUGCAGCCGUGCACCGUGGCCGAUGGGCGCUGCCUGACAUGUGAGGCAGGCUGGAACGGCACCAAGUGUGACCAGCCCUGCUCACCUGGCUUCUAUGGAGAGGGCUGCGAGAAGCUCUGUCCCCCCUGCAAGGAUGGCCACACCUGUAAUCACAUCAAUGGCAAGUGCUCCCACUGCAACCCGGGCUGGAUUGGAGACCGGUGUGAAACCAAGUGCCGGAACGGGACAUACGGGGAGAACUGCGCCUUCGUCUGCAGUGACUGCGUCAAUGGCCAGUGCCACUUUGAGACUGGGCAGUGCCUCUGCCACCCCGGCUCCCAUGGCACAUACUGUAACCUGACUUGCCCCCCCGGACGCUACGGAGCCAACUGUGCCAAUGUCUGCAGCUGCCACGACGGUGCCUGUGACCCCCUGACAGGCGCCUGCCACAUGGAGGCCAACCAGAGGAUGGGGGUGAUUGGGGCAGGGGCCCUCCUGGCGCUGCUGCUCAUCCUCCUGCUCUCCCUGCUCUGCUGCUGCUGCGUCUGCCGCAAGAAGGAUGAAGCCAGCAGCUCCAGCCAGGACCCAGCAGCAGCCAAGAAACCUCCAAGACGUUUGUGUGGGCGGUUCAGUCGGAUUGGGAUGAAGCUCCCACGCAUCCCCCUGCGCCGCCAGAAGCUGCCCAAGGUCAUGGUGGCCCACCAUGACCUGGAAAACACCUUGAACUGCAGCUUCAUCGAGCCACCCUCUGUGGUGGAGCAGCCUUCCCCAUCCUGGUCAUCCCGCGGCUCCUUCUCCUCCUUUGAAACCACGGACGAGGGGCCCGUGUACUGUGUCCCCCAUGAAGAGAGUAUGGGUGAGAGCAGGGACAGAGGGACACCUGCCAGCCCCGGAGACAAGCUGGUAGCCUCGAUCAGCGGGGAGGAAGCGGGCGAAUACACGUUCCUGAAGGAGACAGGCUCUGUCAGAGCCUUCCCGACCGACAGCAGUGAGACGCCCCUGCUCAAGUCCUCGGACAGCGAACGCUCCUCCUGCGGCUCGGGGUCGGCCGGCGCCGCGCUCUACGCCAGGGUCGCCCGCCUUUCCAAGCAGUCCAAGGAGGAGGAGGAUGCCACCGCGGAGCCCCGCAGCCCCGGGAAGCCACCAUCCCCGGAAAGGACCAAGCCCCGUCCUCCAGACCCGGCCACGAAGCCCAAAGUCUCCUGGAUCCACGGCAGGUACAGCUCUGGCCAGUCCAACUCGCUGCCGGUACCCAGCCAGUCCCCAGAGCAAGCGGCCGCCCGGUCCGGCAGCCCCGAGCAAGGCCAGGGCUUGGCCAAGAGGAAGAGGAGUCCGAGCGAGACGUCCGCCAGUGUGCAGGGCAGAGCGGAGGAGAAGGGCGGCGCCCGGGGGAAGGAGAAAGCGCAGAAGCAACCGAAGGAGCCCGGCGUCCCCGAGGGCAAAUCCAGCCUCUGCGGGGAGCCCCAGUCACCCUCCAAACCCAAGCAGAGGAGCAAAGCCGGCUCGGAGCCGAUGGAGACCAUCAACGGAGCGGUGCAGAACGCCUUCCGAAAGAUGAGUGCCUUCCAGCCGGAGCGGCGGGCCGCGGACACCAGGGAUGCUCCGUGUAGUCCCGGCACCAGCAAAUCCCGCUCCGAGCCGCUGCAUCCCCAGCUGGCCUCCGAGCUGGCCGCCCAGCUGAAGGAAAAGACUCAGAGCCUCAACAAGGGGGACGGAGGCAUCCGGGCGAACGGGGUCGGUGCCCAGCGGGAGAAGCCCACCCCUCCACAGAAAGCCAAGCGCUCGGCGGCCGCCGGCGGCCAGAAGACCAGCAAACCCUUGCUGCCCACCUCUCCCCAUCUGCAAAAACUGAUCCCUGCGGCGGCCGAGACGGCAGCCGGGGAGCCCAAGUGGGUGGAGAAACCAAGUGCCGGCAGCGGCCAGGAGCAGACUCUCCCCACGGAGCAGGCAGCCAAGAAAACCCCCAUUAAGAAGCCGCCCAGGAAGAAGAGCCGGGAAGCGAGCCUGGAGCCGCCCAGGGCAGCUGCUGCUCCUGCUCAGGCAGUGCAGUGACCGGGAGCCGGGCACCGGCCCCGCAGCGGCCGCACACCGGGAACAAGGACAUUUGCCAGCACAACCAGCGAACGUGGGAUCCUGGACUGGGCUGGGGGCACUGGAAGAGCCUUGAUCCUCCUUUUAUCCCCCUCCACCUCACUCAUCCCCCUUUUUGCCUUAGUUCCCCCUGACCUAGGACCCAGUCCCUUCAUCUGUGCCCUGCUCCUGCUCUCUGUCCGGGCCUCAGUUCGCCCUCCCUCCCCGCGCAGGACGGGACCGCAAGGAGCCGGCCCCGCCGCCACCCCGGGGGACUUCGUGUGUGGCGUAUCUCCCCCGCCCCUUUUUUUGUAGCAGUAUUAUCGACAGCAUAAGCAGCGCUUGUUGUACUAGACGUGCCCACGGUAUAUUCUGCAGUAACCGAACCGCUCGCUUCCCGCGCUCCACUCCGCUCUGUCGGGGUCGCGGAGCACGGGAGAGGGAGGAAGCUGCUGCUCAGUGCCCAGCGCAGUGCCAGAGGUGUGCCCCACAUCCAUCGCUGGCAGCAGCUCCCCGUCCCGGCGCCCUCCAGGCACAGCUCUCCACUGCCGGUGCAUGCCGGAGUGGGGUCGAGCUGGUUUCGACCGAUGCCACCCUCCCACCCUCCGCCCCGGCGCUGCUCCUGGCCAGGAGGAAGCACUAUUUAUGGAUGGAGCUGGACGCCCUUCGGGCUCCUGUAUCCCAUCCCGUGGAGUUGGAGGGAUUAGUUUGAUAUGAGAGAGCCUGGCACCUCUGCAGAGCGCUUUCCUAAUAAAAAUGU